GAAAUCAACAGAUUCAAUUCUGAUUCUAUCUCCAGUUAAUAUAUCUGAUUGAGUGUUGAGAGUGUUGAGGUAUUGCAUAUCAACCAGUCUUGGCAAUCUGGACGCUAACGAGUGGAAAGUUGUUACCCCGGAAAAUACACAAAACUACAUACAACACCCACAACAAGCCAAGAUGUCGUUCUCCGGUCGCCGAGUGAGUAUUCUGCGCCCUGCAGAAGUUAGGCGUUUCUCUGUUAGCAAGGAUCUUUCUCAGAACGAAAAGAACUCCGAAACCCAUCGCAACUUCCGUUCUGCGCACGAAGGCCACAAACCCCACGCCGGCCUCGACGCUUCCCGUGCUUCUACCGGUGUCAUUUGGUGUACAGAACGUGCCAAUGAGCAUGGCUUCUCAGAACAUCCCCACGAAUGGGCCAAUUUAGGUCAGGGCGCCCCUGAAGCAGACGAUGAUAUUGCUGGUAGUUUCCCUCGUCCCACGACGAUUCCCAUCGACUCGGCUGCCCGAGAAUACGGCCCUACUGCAGGUAUCAAGCCCCUCCGCGCUGCUGUGGCACGGCUUUACAAUGAGCAGUACCGAAAGGGUAAGGAGAGUCAGUAUACUUGGGAGAACGUGUGCAUUGUGCCCGGUGGUCGUGCUGGGUUGAUUAGAAUUGCGGCCAUUUUGGGGAAUGCGUAUUUGUCGUUCCCUAUCCCGGAUUAUACCGCGUACUCUGAGAUGUUAUCUCUUUUCAAGAACUUCUCGCCUAUUCCUAUCCCACUUUCAGAAAGUGAUCACUAUCACAUCCACCCUGAUAAGAUCGCUGAGGAGAUUGCUCGCGGCACCUCUGUACUUUUGACAUCCAAUCCUCGUAAUCCCACCGGCCAUGUUAUCGCAAAUCCAUCUCUUGCCAAGAUUCAAGAUAUCUGCCGUGAUCGUGCCACUCUGAUUUUGGAUGAGUUUUAUGGUGGUUACAACUACACCACUGACUGUGAUGGAACGACAUUGAGUGGCGCAGAGAAUGUUAUCGAUGUUGACAAAGACGAUGUUCUGUUGAUUGACGGUCUCACCAAACGGUUCCGUCUACCAGGAUGGCGUAUCGCCUGGAUUGUCGGCCCCAAAGAGUUCAUCGAGGCUCUCGGAUCUGCAGGUUCUUACUUGGAUGGGGGUGCCAACGUUCCUUUCCAAGAGGCAGCCGUCCCUAUGCUUAAACCAUCCCUCGUCCAGGCAGAAAUGAGGGCUCUGCAGGUUCACUUCCGUAGCAAACGUGACUAUGUCGUCGCUCGUCUCCAGGAAAUCGGUUUCCGAUUCAAGGAUAUCCCUCAAGCCACUUUCUACAUCUGGCUGGAUUUGACAUCCAUUGAACCCCCUCUGCCGGAAAGUGCAAACAUUUCCGACGGUUUGAACUUCUUCAAUGCGCUAUUGAAGGAGAAGACUAUUGUUGUUCCGGGUAUUUUCUUUGACUUGAAUCCUGCCAAGCGUCGUGACCUAUUUGACAGUCCUUGCCAUCAUUUUGUGCGUCUCAGCUACGGACCAAAAAUGGAAGUCUUGAAGAAGGGGUUGGAUGGCAUUGAGCGGGUUAUCCGUCGGGCUAGAGGAGAGAACGUUGGCCCGACACUGGAAGAUGAGGUGGCCAUUGAGGACUAAGUCUGGAUGUCCGAAGGGCGUAGACGGUUAGCAAGAAAAAGAAAAAGAAAGAGAAAAACAGAUUUUCGGUUGUAGAUACAUGAACAUAUCUAUUUGAGGAAUUUACGAAUUUUU